GUAGACUAGCUAAGAUACUCUUCUGCAACAGAGCAGCUGUGCUGAUCAUAGCUGAUGUUUGCUAAAGGUCUUCAGCUGACGUGAUCAUGAGCCACUACACUAGCAACUUCCUGUCAUCGUCCACCGUAGGUAAUGGGGGCCUAGGUGGGUCCUACAGCUCCUCAUCAUACAGUACUGGUGGUGUAAGCCAGGUCUCAGUAUCCAGAUCUAGUUCAACUUCUUCAGCGAUGGGAGGUUAUAGCUAUGCAAAGGAUUAUGGUGAAAGUCUACUAUCCAACAAUGGCAAGGAGACCAUGAAGAAUUUAAAUGAUCGUCUUUCGAAGUACCUGGAGAAGGUUCGAUCUUUGGAAGAAACCAAUGCCGAUUUGGAGAAUAAAAUCCAAAAAUGGCAUGAACAAAGGACACAGACCAAGAAAAAAGACUACAGUUCAUAUGAGAAGACCAUUGCCGAACUUCAGUCUCAGCUUAUUAAUGGACAUGUAAAUGGCGCAAAAUUAACACUACAGAUGGAAAAUGCCAAACUUGCCUCUGAUGACUUCAAGCGCAAAUAUGAAACAGAAAAAGUACUUUGUGCAGCAUUGGAUGCAGACUUGGAAGGCCUUCGUAAGGUGAUGGAUAAUCUCACCAUUGUCAGAACAGACCUAGAAAUGGAGGUGGAAGGAAUGCGCAAGCAGCUGAUCUACAUGAGAAAAAGCCAUGAGGAGGACAUGAGGCUGGCUCAAGCUCGGAAGCAGGGUUCAUCAGUCAAUGUGGAAGUUGAUGCCCCCAAGGGAGCUGAUUUAGCUAAGAUUAUUGCUGAUAUGAGAAAAGAAUAUGAAGCUAUCAUUGCAAAAAAACGCAAAGAAGCUGAAGAUUGGUAUAAAGAGCAGUCAUCAACAGUCCAACAGGAAGUAAAUACAAACACCGAAGCCUUACAAAGUAGCAAAAACCAGAUCAGAGAAUUAAAGAGAACUCUCCAGGAUCUGGAAAUUGAGCUUCAAGCAGAGAUCAGUAGGAAACAUGGUCUAGAGAACACAUUAGAGGAGACCCAAAACCACUCAUCAGAACAUCUUGAGAAGAUCCAGGCGCUAAUCUGCCAGCUGGAAACUGAGUUGGGCAAAGUCAGAUAUGAUCUGGAAAGGCAGAACAGUGAAUAUAAGAUUCUUAUGGACAUAAAGAGUCGUCUGGAGAAUGAAAUUAGCACAUAUCGACGACUAAUUGAUGGAAAUAAUAGCAGUGAGAUGUCUACUCAAUCUACAGACAUACACCGAAAAGUCAAAACCAUCGUUCAAGACAUGGUCAAUGGAAGAGUGGUGAACUCCAGAAUUUCUGAGAUACCACAGAAACUGUGACAGCUAUAGACACUAAAAUUUUAGGAUGCAAAGUGUUUUACAACAAAAGCGCGUGACAGAUCCCCUGUUUACAUGUGCCAAUAUUUAUCAUUAAUGUACAGUAGGACUACUCUAAUACAUACAUGUCCUGAAAAGAUAUUUAUUGAUGAGAACACAAGAGCAAUUUGCAGUGUGGGGGUUGCCUUUAAAACUGAAAAAUAGAAUGAUGCCAGUUCUACUCAUAUUAUUAUGGUCAUAUAAUCUAGGUUACAUUUUUUAUAUUACAUGAUUGGUCUUUUUGUAAAGGUUUUAUAUAGGCAUGUGUUCCCGAAAAUGUGAUUUUUUUUUUUAAUGUUUCAUUAACAUCUGAACUGGUCUUUUCUACACAUCUUAUUGACCUCAAAAGACAAUAGAGGGCCAUGGUGUCUAGUUUAGACCAGCCCAUUUUCAAGUACCUUAUAAGGUACUGAGUUAACAGACAGGGUCUUAUUUUGAGACCGCUAUCUAUUAGCCAAAGAGUUACCCAAAGAGUGUCUGUCGAGGACUGAGCACGUUCAUGCAUUACAUGAAUAACUUAUUAAUUUUAAUGGAACCUGUGUAAUGCUUCAUGUCCCCUGUGGUGGCACUGCAGGGAAAUGAAACACUUGCUGCUGGAUUCCCCAACAGGUUACAGCUGAUUGCUAAGGGUCCCAGCAGCCAGGAAUCAGUUUAUGUUUGAAAGACAUUCCUAACAAAAAGGGAUUAUCCAAGUGAGCAACCCCUUAACACAGCUUUUCUUAAGACCUAAUAAGACGAACUGACAUAAUUGUAAGGCCAUCUUUAUAUUACUUAUCAUUUACGAUUGUCCAGUUAGAUAAAGUAUUAAGGCUAUAUUCUAAAUAGAAGCCACAACACUCUGCUGGAUCCAUCGUUUGAAGGAUACCACUGGCGUCCAACAGACCCAAUGACUUAUAAUGGGGUUCAUCAGAUUUCGCCAUGGUGUCCAUAAUUUUGACAUACAAAAAUAGGGCUGCAAAUAUUAUUGACCAAACUCAUUACACCUUCAACAACAUAAAACAGAGUAGUCAUGGUUAACAAUUAAUUUGUAACGUAAAACAUAGAAUGUUUCCAAAAUGUAUUCUCGUGCUAUUUAAGGACAUAGGAUAUCUUUUAUUGUUACAAAUUUAUAGAAUUUUAUUUUAAUCAUAUUUUACAUUUUUGUUAAAUGAUUGAUAUGUAAAAAUACACACUAGGCCUCAAAACCAAUAGAAAAUAGAAAUCAAUCAGAUGCAAGCGUUUAUUUCCCCCCACAGCCAAAGUUUGGUAAUUAUAGUUUAUGUACUUUCAUAGAAAUAGAUUCGCAUAAAACUUCGUUCCAAUACUGUAGGGAGCUCCAUUUCCUCAACUUGGUAAAGUGGUACCUUGGAUCAGGACCCGAGUUUGGAAAAUUGAUUUUUACAGUACAAAUUAAUUUAUGAUGUUAUUACCUGAAGUCUCGCAAGACUUUGCUAAGCAAUAACUUUGGCUCAUCGGAGCCAAUACAUUCUAAUACUAUGCGAAGCUCCUGCUCCGUACAGUAUUGGAACAAAGUUUUAUGCAAAUUGACUUUGGAUGUUUCAACCGAACUCGAUUCGCUCAUCCCUAUUUACAAUCUAUGAAAAAGUAUCCGUUUUAACAUCAGUUUAUGAGGAGCUAAUUAAAAGAUGACAAACAAGAUGGCUCAACUUCCUGCUGUUACUUUUACCAAAACAGCCACUGCAAUCAAACGGCAAAGAAUAUCUGUAAGUAAAUUAAUAUAUUUACUAAACAUUGGCUGCUGCUUUAACUUGUGACUGCCUAAUAUGUGGGCAAUUUUACAUUUUGGAUGAAUAUCCCCUUUAAAGGGUACCACUAGCUAUGAUCAUGGCUGUGUGUCCGCUUGAAAUGAUGGCAAAAGAUGCAACUGGAAAGAUGGGCAAUCCAGUUGUUUUGGUAAUUGUGUAAGGCUAGAGGCCUCUCCUGCAAAGGAGGUUUGCAAAAAAGGCUUGUGCCAUCGUACAGCCGCCUAGGCAAAAAUGCCACUGGUGGGAGAUAUAGUUGUGAUCAUUACUUGAAGUGGUUUUCUGGGAGUUUGACACUCCUCUGGAUAGGUCAUCAGUAUCUGAUCGGUGGAAGUGUGACACCUGGCACCCCCACCCAUCAGCUGUUUGAGAAGGCACCGGCACUCGCAGUAGCUCUGCGGCCUUCCCUCUGCUCACCAAGCACAGUGCUGUAUAUUGUAUGGCGGCUGCGCUUGGCACCACAUCCCCAUUCACUUUAAUGGCCAUGUGACCAUUAAACGUGACGUCACAUGAACCUAGGGAAAGCUGAGAGAAGGCUGCAGCACUACUGUGAGCACCGCUGCCUUCUCAAACAGCUUAUCCGUGGGGCUCCCGGGUGUCACACCCCCACAGAUCAGAUAUUGAUGACCUAUUCUGAGGUGUAAAACUCCUAAAAACUCCUUUGAAGGUGUCUGACUGGUAGCUAUUGGCAACUACUCCAUUCAUUCUCUCCACUAGUAAUAGAGGAGGCCCAUAAUCUAUCUGAUCUCAAUGUCUCUAUCCUAGUUGCUUCAUACUAAGCUGUUACCAGUUGCAAUUCUGUCCCUUUUUCUUAUUUAUAUUUUCUUAAUAUUUUAAUCAGUUUGUAAAUUCUUGCAUGUAUUUACAGAAAAAUAAUAAUUUUCUCAUAUGAUUAAUUUUUUUCCCAUAUUUUAGGAUUACUUACUAGUUCUCUUGUUUGGUGUGAAUGUAGUUUAGAUAAGAGAGAGAAUUGAAUUAAAGAUGCUCAUUAGCAGAUGUAGGAGAUAUGAAUGUGUCAUUUAAAGGGGUAUUCUGGUUAUUUGAAGUUAUCCCCUCUCUACAGGAUAGGGGAUAACUAUUAGAUUGGGGAAGGUCCUACCGCUGGGUUCCCUGCAGAUCUGGAGAUUGGAGGCCUAUACGUCACAAGGCCCGCCGAUAUGAACAGAGCUGUAGGUCUAGCAUGCACAGCCGUUCCAUUCUUCUCUAUGUGAAUGCCAGAGAUAGCCAAGUACACUGCUCUGUUCAUUUGGGGGGAGCCGUGCAGGGUAUGGGGCCCUCUAUCGUGUAAUUGGUGGAGGUUUCAGCAGUAGGAUCCCUUCUAAUCUAAUUGUUAUUCCCUAUUAUGUGGAUAGGGGAUAGCUUCAAAUUAACAGAAUACCCCUUUUACAGUUAAGACAAUGCAGUAGGUUUACCUAAUCUUUUACAGAUGACCACAAAUAAUAAAACAUGAAAUUACAAUCUCAUUUCUGCUACAUGUAUAUAAAAAUGUGACUGCCCCAUUUCACGCAUAUGGUAUAACAUGUUUUUUUAUGAAUGUAUGCUAUGCAAUGAUUUCAGAACUAGAUUUCACUGCUAUGGUAAAGCUUAAAGGGGUUGCUUAGGUACUCCAAGAGAGUCAGACCUGGCCACAGGUUGUGUGUGAUACUGCAGCUCUACCCCAUUCACUUCAAUGGAACUGAGAGGCAAUACUGGACAUGACCUACUGUAUGACCAGCUGAGGCGCUGUUUUUGAAGAAAGCAGCCCUAUUUUUCUAAUACUAUACAACUCCUUUAACCUGGAUUGGACAGUAUAUGCAAGUUCAGUGCUGGUGGUAAAACCACUAUGAAUGUGCUAAAUAUGAGUAUCAAAUAUAAUUUUUUUUAACUUUUUUUGGAAUUGAUAUGAGAACCAUAUGAUUAAGAUUUGAUAACAAGGUAUUCACUUUAAUAUAUUUCUAUUUAGAGAUAAAAAAAAAUUGAGGACAAUAUUCGAGAAUUGCUCUAAAAUGUUCAUCCAGAGCUACCGUGUAUAUUCACUCUAUAUUGGUUCUGUCAGGUCUCUUAUCUGAGGACAGCAUGUGAUAGAAACAGGGGCGUAACUAGAAAACGCUGCCCCCUCCCCUGAUCAACUUCCAACAAGACCACCGGUCAACAUUGGCCACCCUCGCCAUACAACCUCCUAUCACCUACACAGUAGUUAUCCCCCCUUAGUGCUUUCACACAGUAGAAUGACCCCUUAGUGCCCCCACACAGUAGUUAUCCCCCCUUAGUACCUUCACAUGGAAAAAUGCCCCCUAAGUGGCCCCAUUACAGUAGUUAUGCCCUCUUAGUGCCCCCAUGCAAUAGAAAGGCCUUUUUGGGCUCAAACACAGUAGAAUACCCUCUUAGUUCCCCCACAAAGUAAUUAUACCGCCUUAGUGCCACUACUCAGUAAUUAUGCCCUCAGACCCCCGGCCCUCACAGUAGUGCUCAACCUUAAUGCCCCCACACAAUACUCCCCUUUUGUGCUCACGCACAGAAGUCCACUCCUUUAGUGCCCCCUUCACAGUAAUUAUGCCCCUGUGGUAUAAAUAAAUAAACAUUAAUAUUCACCUAGUCCCAUUCCCACAAUGAAUGAAGCAAAUCCUGCUCUACCAAAUAGACGCAAUGAAGUGGCAGGGGAACCAAUAGUCCUUUAAGCAGUUAAAUAGCAUUUUACAUGAAAAUACGGAAUUAAAUCAUAAGAAACUAUAUUUGGAUGGAUCUCAGUUCAUGGUGGGGGUCCUAGAAGUCAGAACAUCAACGAUCAGAUACAUAUCGCCAAUCCUGUGGAUAGGGGGGCUAAGUAAAAAACAUUGUCCACUUCAGUUUUUUCAAUUUCUUUUUACGUUUCCCCCUUUAAUUGACAGUUUUAAGAAUGUUCAAUUGUUACUAGAUGUUAUGAUGAAGAAUGGUAAAUACAGAACAGUUUACUUUGCAGGUGUAAGAGAGCUGUUACAUGUACAGUAUAUGUGAGAAAGAUAUAAAAAUGUAUGAAAACAGAAAUUAAUAAUAUAUAUGUUGUACCCCACUGAUUAAGGAAUAUUUAUGGAUUGCUGUAAAUGCAAUAACUCAAAUCUGUAUUAUUAUUUUUUUAUUAUGUGAACAUAAGCACUUACCUGUCAUCUGUGAAUAUGUCCAUGUGUCCCUUAUCUCUUGAUUUUGUCUGUAGUUCUAAAUAAAAUAUUCUAACAUAUUG